AACAUGCAAGCCUCAAACUUACCUGAUGAAAUCGCAGAAGUUAUUGAUCGAAAGUUCUCGGACAUACAGACCAGUAUAACCGCGACCAUAAACACGGCGUUGGCAGCUUGCUUGACAACAGAACUCUCAAAAAUUACGGCGACAUUAACUGACAUUAAAACGGAUAUUAACAAACUUAAUCGAGAUAACACCACUAUCAAUCAAACACUAGCGGAGGUAAAAACUCGAUUAGACGAUAUUGAUAACUCCUUGCAGUUUACCAGCUCGCGUCAGGACUCGCAAGAAACCCGACUCGAAGCUAUAGAAUCGAAUGUGUCAACAUAUAAAGAACAAGCCAGCCGUAUACAUGUGCUCGAAUGUACUAUAGACAAGAUGGAACAACAGGCAAGAAUGAGCAAUCUGGAAAUAUGUAACAUACCGGAGAAACGGGGCGAAAACCUAGUUACUAUUUUUAAUAACAUCGGAACCGCAAUAAGGAUCACAUUUACGCCAGGCGAUAUCGUGUCAAUUCACCGGGUUCCGCACGCUAACCCUAAUUCGAGUCUGCCUAAAAACAUUAUCGUACGUCUCACAUCGGUUAUGUUACGCGACAACAUUUUAGCUGCAUUCCGCACCGCCAAGGGAAUAAAUACGACUCAAUUGGCACUAAGCGGCCCCACACAAAAAAUAUACCUUAACGAGCAUCUAACGCUCAAAAAUAAAUUGCUGCUAAGACGGACUCGUGAGGCCGCCUCGAAACACAACUAUAAGUACGUCUGGGUGAGGCAUGCCUCCAUCUUAGUGCGGAAAGAAGACACAUCUCCAGUACUCGCCAUACGAAGUGACCUUGACCUACUUAAGUUAUCAGCGACGAGUUCCUGACACAAUAAGACGCGUGCACGUUUAUUAUUUUUAUGGAAAUU